AUGCUUCAACUUGAGCCAUUCAUCCCAUCCACGGACCUCUGGCCGGGUGGCAUCCCAGCAUGCCUUCGUCUGGAGUCCAGCUCCAAGAUAGAAAAUCAUGAUAUGGCUGAAAUAUCCAAAGGCUGGCUCCAGUUUGUACAGGAAGAAUGGUCUGUUUCUGAGGGUCUUGAUGAAGAGCUCCAGCAACGCCGCCGCUUAAUGGAGCGUUGGGCGUCUGCUUCCUAUCAAAAUCGCGCGUCCCUGCCAAAAUCAGCCGUCCAAUAUCCUAUGCCCUUGCUCAAACGAGUUAGGCAUGCUCCGAAACAAACCUUCUGUCUCGCCCCGGUAGAUCGCGAAAGUCAUGCGACCAAUUACACCCGGCUCGUCAAGCUACUAAUUCUCCUUUACACUAGCCUACGUCGUGGAGGGAAGUCGCAUCCGAUGAGCUUCGAACCCGAUCCAUACCCACAGAUUCCAGCCGUAUUCCCGGACCAUACCAAAUCUUCACCUGCACCUGAAGCUUUGAUACCACAAUACUGCCUUGAAUCCGCGGACUUUCGCUAUAUCUCGAUGACGCACUCUGGAAAAGUACUAUUUCCACGCCUCAAUAAUAAGAUCUUCACAGUAAUAGACCAGGAAGCCUUGAACACUGGCCAGCUCAUCAUGCUUGAACUUCCAUUGAAGCCAAAUGGUACGGCCAGAAACAGUUACACGUAA